AGUGGAGGAGUGGAGAGAGUGGAAGAGAAAUCCCGGUUUACUGAGAGAUAGUGAUGUGAUUGUGGGUGUAGGACCAGAGGAGAGAGAUCCGAAUCUCUGGAAACUAGGGGGAGCGCUCCUAAAUCACGUGGGAUGUGGAUUUAUGGUGGAAAAAAGUAAAAGUGCCGUCGAAGUGACUUGAACGCACUUUGUUUUCCUCCCGUCUGUGGCUCUCCUGCUCCUCCGCCCUGCAUUCCGCGAAGCAGCUGCGUUUUAAUGCCCCUGCGCACCCGAAAAAGAGAGGAAGGAGAGAAGAGUGAGGAAGAAGAGGCAGAAACAGAAGUGGAGGAGGCCUGGACACCUCCCCGCAUCGCUCUGUGGAGGUCUGUCACCUCUCCCCUCCUGGCCCUGCAUGGACGGGGAUGGGGAGAGCCGGAUGCUGUUACCGCGGGGCUGAGCGCCUCGCUUCACCGUCUCUGGUGCGCCGCUUCCGGCCGCUGCUGCUGCUGAUCAUCGCUGCCUGCUGCGGAGCUCACAUAGGCCAGUGCCAAGUGGCUACCACACAGUGUCGCAUCCACAAGUGCACCACCGACUUUGUCUCCUUGACCUCCCACCUGACGUCUGCCGUGGAUGGCUUCCACACAGAGUUCUGCAAAGCUCUCCGAGCGUACUCGGCCUGCACCCAGAAGACAGCCAAGUCCUGCCGAGGAAACCUGGUCUUUCACUCAGCCGUGCUCGGCAUCUCAGACCUCAUGAGCAAUAGGAACUGCUCCAGAGAUGGGCCGACUUCCUCCACUCACCCAGAGAUCCACCCUGAGCCCUGCAACUACCACAGCCGCACCCAGCACGCCCAUACACACCCUCACGGGCACGCACACAUGCACUCUCACAGCCACGGCCACUCUCGUUCUGGUUACUGGUUCUGUGGGCUGUUUGGGGACCCACACUUGCGGACAUUCAAGGACAGCUUCCAGACUUGUAAGGUGGAGGGGGCGUGGCCUCUGAUUGAUAAUCACUACCUGUUGGUGCAGGUCACUAACGUUCCUGUAGUUCCUGGCUCCAGUGCCACGGCAACCAAUAAGAUUACCAUCAUCUUCAAGCCGUAUGAGGGCUGCACAGAUCAGAGGGUCUACCAGGCUGUCACAGACAACCUUCCUGCUGCCUUUGAUGAUGGGACGGUGAGCAGUGGAGACCCCAUCCACAAGUCUCUUGGAGCAGAUGGUGCAGCUGGGAAGGUCCGGGCUCUGUGGAUCUCUGAGCGCAGUCCUGGGCGCCAUGUGGAGCUGCAUGCUGGAUACAUCGGCGUAACUAUAAUUGUUCGCCAGUUGGGACGCUACCUGACGCUGGCGGUGCGGAUUCCUGAGGAGCUGGCUCAGGACUACGAUGACACCCAGGACCUUCAGCUGUGUCUGAACGGCUGCCCCGGCAGCGAGCGCAUCGACCAGGCGGGACAUCUUCCCCUCCCGCUGUCUCCUCCAGCACUCGGUCUACAGCGACAGCAGUUGCGUCAGCCCAGUUUCUCCUCACAGACACAAGCACAUCCCUAUGGUGCCACGCAGAUUUUUGGUGUUGAAGGGGCGAAGGAGCGUUGCAGAGAGCAGCUGGAGGUGCUGGACAUUUAUUUCCACUCUUGUGUGUUUGAUCUCCUGACCACCGGGGACGCUAACUUCACAGUGGCUGCAUACAGCGCUCAGAAGGACAUGGAAAGUCUCCAUCCACACCAGGAUCGGUGGAGGAUCUACCCCCGUGGUUCUGCCACAUCCAUCUUCCGUUCUGAUUCACAGUCUAUCAAACAUUUCACUCUGCUCCUGCUGUGCGCUUUGAGCUCUGUUGUGGCGUCAGCCAGUAUGUGUGCCUGAAUGCAUGUAGGCCCAUGUUUGUGUGUGUGUGUGCGCGCGCAGUAGGAAGAGAGUUUAGGACAUUGUUUUUGAUUGUUUUUGCUGAGCACUGAUAAUGAAUACUGAUGCCAUUCUCAUGCAGAGAGGAGGCAGCAGGCGGGACACUUACUGGGAACUGGAAGUCGUUUAAAAGAGGCGAUGAGCCCCCCUCCCAGUGUGCACAGGAAAACUGUCUGUCAGAACCAGAAUCAGAAAAUGCAGCCGACAAUAAAACCAAUGCUGUUAUUUGGAUGAAUCGACUGUAAAUAGAUCAUUUAUUUCUUCCGUGCACAUUGUAAUGAUGUUGAUGUUUUUUGAUUUGCCAUUUGAUGUGAUUUAAAAAAAAAAAGUACCUCAGACAGAGGAUUUUCUUAACAAAAGCACUUUAUUUUAACAUUUUAUUCCACACAAUGCCAGUCAGUGUUUCUUCUUCACUUUCUGCCCUCCACCAAAACUCACAACUGUUCAUAUUUUCUCUGUAUCUCGUUGUUCCAUCACACUUUUUCUUAAAGAUAAAGUCAUUUGAAUGGUUGGAGCUGACAUUUUGGUUUAAAUGCACCAUUCUACCAGUAGCUGACUGGACUCAGUCAAUGUGAGGUUUUCUGUUGAAUGUAUUAGCUAUGGCGUUGCAGCAAACGCCAUCAGUACUUUGUUAGUAAAUGGUUUCAAGUGUGUGUGUGUGUGUAAAAGUGUUUAGACUUGUCAGGUUCUUUAUUUGAAAGCAGCUGAAGAAUGUGGCUUCGUUUCACGUGAGUCACAUUAGAAGUAUUCCAAUCGUUUUGCCAAAUUUAAGUGACUACACUAUCACGUUUUGUACUCGCCGUAUUUUUCUGUUACAAUUUGAGCCAAAGACCGAUCAUUUAUGUUUCUCUGUACAGGAACUCUCUACCAAACCAGCAUCUGUAUCCUGUUUGUUUUAAAUUAGCUACUUGUAAUCUGUUUUCUCCCUAUUCCGGAUGUUUCUUAUUAAGAUGCAUGUAAAGCAAUGCAGGAAUAAUUCUUAAAAAAAUGUCGGAUGACUGGGAAAACUUCACCUUACUGUGCUGUUGUACAAUUUGCAAGCGCAGCGUUGAUGCCUGGUAGAAAAUUCAACCCCUAUAAAUAUGUAACAUAUGUAGAUCAGUUUAAGUUUUUCACAUUGUGAUCUCUUUUCAUCAUGUGAGUGUCAGUUUGGUGAAGAGUGACUGGUCAGUGUUGAAAUAACUAACUUAUUUAUAAACGUAGUGUCCCGUAGAGGAAGUUAAGCUCCAUAUUCUUGCUGUUGGAUAAUUAUUUAAAAGAAAUGUCAGCUGUGAUUGUACUGCCACCUAGUGGUGCGCUCUUGCUUUGUCGGUGUGUUACUAAAGGCGCUCAAAAUCAAACAAAAAGGAAACAAAAUGUGUGCUUGUGUUUUAUUUAUUACAAUAAAGUCAAAACGGUU